GCCUUUGAACAAUUCCCUCAUUUCGAACAACGCCACCUACGAUUGCUCAGCCCAAAACGCAGGACGCGCAAAUAAAUACUUCUAUUAUCAGAUCAGAUCUUCCCAGCAAGUCAUCCAAUAUCCGGCGCAAUUUGUCAUCCACCUUCUGCGCCUUUCCUCAUCUUAAUCAGCAUCGUUUCUCUUUCUACCAGCAACUUGUAUUUAACUCUAUCGAGCAUCGUGUGGGCAACGUACCGCAAGGCCGUUGAAGACAACAAGCAGAUUCACACAGGCUCUAUUGCAGUACAAAACUGGCUGUGAUUAGCUCAUAUCUCACAGCCCCACCGCCAUUCGGCCAUCCUUCAAGACGACCAAGUCUCAGAACUCUAGGCUGGCAUCGACCUCCAUUUCGGGAAGCGAUUCCUCCGGUUCUCAGUCAAUACCAUCGCCAGCCUCUCCGUCGAUUAUUGUCCCUCUUUCCGAUCCCGCCAUCCCUACGCUUUCCAGCACUGCACCUUUUCCAGGGAUAGUGUCCACAUUAACAGGAAAGCAGUCUUCUUCCGGUCAACAAAGUAGCAAAACCUCUAGCUCCUUCAACUCGACGGGUAAACUCCCUAUCAGUAGAUCACAUUUACAAGCACGCUCCGCUGUUUCAGAAGAAAUCGCUGGUUCUCAAGACGAAUACAACGCAGCAAUCAGCACAUUGCAAAAAGCCAGCUUAUCAGACGACAUGCUAUCAAGUUUCAAACAGAUCCUUCGUCACGGGAAGCACGCUCAACAGGCGUCUCCGAGCCCCCAGCCUGAUACGAAGAACGGCCGAUCAAAGACCACUCAAGCUCAGCAGCCGCUGCCUCCUGCUGCUGUUCAACAACAACCGCAGCAGCCGUCUCAGCCGCAGCAACAACAACAACAUCGCCGCAAGGACGAAUACAGCGCAAAGCUCACAACGAGCACUACUGGACAAAACAAAAUACCCGCCGCUUCACCUAACUACAGAGAAGAAGCCGAAAAAAUCGUUGCCGAUGAGAGGGCACAAAGCGAAAAGAUGCCAGUAUAUGCUGGACUCGAAGAGUUCACGUUGAUAGAAAAAAUGGGCGACGGUGCCUUUUCUAAUGUAUACAAAGCUAUUGAUCGCAGGAGCGGUCAGAAGGUGGCCGUGAAGGUUGUCCGCAAAUAUGAACUCAAUCAGUCACAGCACGGUAACAAGCAUCUGAACGCCAACUUCAAGAAGAGGGGACCAAGGGUCACAGAGCGUGCCAAUAUUCUCAAGGAAGUCCAGAUCAUGCGCGGCAUCGACCAUCCUAGUAUCGUCAAGCUUUUGAAAUUCUUCGAAAGCGACGAACAUUACUUCUUGGUCCUCGAACUGAUGGAGGGUGGUGAAUUAUUCCAUCAAAUCGUCAAGCUCACUUACUUUUCGGAGGCACUUUCUCGUCACGUUAUCCUGCAAGUCGCUGAAGGCAUUCGAUACCUGCACGAGGAGCGAGGUGUUGUCCACCGUGAUAUCAAGCCCGAAAAUCUCUUGUUCGAACGCAUCCCAAUUAUUCCCUCUCGUAAUCCCGUACAUCGGCCGUAUGACGAGGAGAAGGAAGAUGAAGGAGAAUUCCAGCCUGGAAUUGGGGGUGGUGAGAUUGGUAGGGUGAAAAUUGCCGACUUCGGACUGUCAAAGAUUGUAUGGGAUGAGCAGACCAUGACCCCUUGCGGUACCGUCGGAUACACCGCUCCCGAGAUCGUCAAAGAUGAAAGAUAUAGUAAGAGUGUCGACAUGUGGGCCCUUGGUUGCGUCUUAUACACUCUUCUGUGUGGUUUCCCUCCCUUCUACGACGAAAGCAUCAACGUUCUUACAGAAAAGGUGGCCCGAGGUUACUAUACCUUCUUAAGUCCCUGGUGGGACGACAUUUCUCAUUCCGCCAAAGACCUCAUCUCCCAUCUCCUUUGCGUUGAUCCUGCUCAGCGAUAUACCAUUGAUGAGUUCCUUGCCCAUCCUUGGAUCCGAGAUGCUGCCCCACCUCCUCCCCCUCCCACUUCUCGCGCUGUGCCCAGUGAAUCUCCCAUGUACUCUCCUCUCCUUGCUUCUAUCCGCGCUGGUAACCGUGAGGCCCGCUCCCCUGGAGUGGGUGCCCUCAAGGAAGCCUUUGACGUUACUUACGCUGUUCAUCGUAUGGAAGAAGAGGGCGCUCGACGACGUGCGUACAAUGGUCCCGGCGGUGCUGGUCAGCGUGGAUUCUUGCAAGGCCUGAAUGAGGAGGCUGAAGAGGAAGACGAGCAGGCGCAGGUUGAGGAAGCUCGUAGGAAGCACGGUGAAGCUGUGGCCCGUCAGAUCCAAGAACAUCGUGGUCGUGCAGCUGCCAAUGCCGCUGCUGGCAUCAAAGAGCCACCUGUGGCCAACUACGUCGGUCGCGGAGGCGCCAACAGGAGAGAAGCCGAGGCAGUGAUUUACGAUGGCCGGGCAGGGCAAAGGGAUAGGGGAAAGGGUGGCAAAAGUGCUGGAGGGUUCGACUUGGACCUCAAUAACGCAACACUACUUGGCAGACGAGGAAAGAAAGUUGCCCCAAGUCCUCUAGCACAGCAAGUGCAAGCCGGCCAAUAAUCAUUUGGAGCGAGAAAUUAUUAGAGGGGCGCAGAUGAUCUUUGUAUGAUUCUUUGUCUGACAGAUAAACGCAUGUUCGGAAAACCCCGGUCUAUGUUUGGAGAUUUUGAGAGCAGACAUUAAUAGUCUUAUUAUUUUGUUUGAUCUGGCAUAGCCACCUAGGACGUAAACCAUUUGAUAUGUACAGCAUUGUG